CCAUGUCCAUACCAAAGGGAACCAAAAGCCCUUGCACGCGUCUGCGCUUCACACCUCUUAGGAGAAACUCAUGUCCUAUAUAAGAAAAAUCUUGACAUUUCUCUCUCUCUCUCUCUCUCUCUCUCUCUCUCUCUGUGUUUGUGUCUCCGUGCCUCUGUUUGUGUCUGAAAAUGAUGAAGCAAUUGCUUCAGCUUCUCUUCUUAUUCUUCCAAAGCAUGCUUACUGUUUCCUUUACAUUAGAUCAAAGAAAAUGCCUCGGUGACCAGAGCUCUGCUUUGCUGCAAUUGAAGCAAAGCUUUUCUUUUUCUUCUUCUUCUUCUUCUUCUUCUUAUUGUAUAAAGUUGGAAUCUUGGAAUGUCAGUACUGAUUGUUGUUCCUGGGAGGGGAUCACAUGUGAAAUGGACACUGGUGAUGUGAUCGAGCUAGACCUCAGCAAUUGCUGCCUUUCAGGCUCUCUACACUUCAACAGCUCCCUCUUCUAUCUUGCCAACCUCCAGAGGCUCAACCUUGCAUACAACCACUUCAAUUCUUCUCCAAUUCCAUCUGGGCUUGCUCGGCUUACAAGCUUAACCCAUCUUAACCUCUCUCACUCAGGAUUCUCUGGCCAAAUCCCACUUGAAAUCUUGCAGCUGAAAAGGUUAGUUUCUCUUGAUCUCUCUUCAUCUAAUGGCUUUUCAUUGAAAAUUGAAAAGUUUAGCUUGACAACCCUUGCUCAAAAGUUAUCCAAUUUAGAAGAACUUCUUCUUGACCAUGUGAAUAUCUCAUCUGCAGUACCUGAGAUUUUGGUUAAUCUGUCUUCCUUGACAUCUCUGUCUCUCAUGUCUUGUGGGCUCAAUGGAAAAUUUCCACCAAGUAUUUUUGAGAUAGAUAAGUUAGAGCAACUUGCUUUAAGGGAUAAUCCAGGUCUCAGUGGUUAUUUGCCUGAAAUUCAUCUGGGUAACAGUUCUCUUAAAUUCUUGGAUCUCUCAGAAACAAGCUUCUCUGGGAAAUUACCAAACUCAAUUGGCAAUCUGAAGUACUUGAAUCAUUUAUCUCUUUCUGGAUGCCAGUUUUCAGGGUUGAUUCCAGUCUCACUUGCCAGUCUAACCCAACUUGUUCAUUUAGAGCUUUCUUCUAAUCAAUUAACAGGUCCAAUUCCAAGUUCAAUCUCCAGACUCACCAAUCUUGCAGUUCUCAACCUUUCUUCAAAUAGCUUUACUGGUACCACAGAGCUUGCAAUUUUUCAACAGCUCAAAAAGCUUAAUGUUCUCGAUCUUUCGAAUAAUAAUCUGUCGUUGAUCACCAAUACCACCUUGAAUUCUAGUUUUCCCAGGUUUCAGGCGCUGAGACUAUCCUCUUGCAACAUCAGUGAAUUCCCUAAUUUUUUGAGAAGCCAAGAGAAAUUGCUGGAUCUUGACCUUUCCAACAACAGAAUUCAUGGGCAGAUUCCAACAUGGAUGUGGAAUAUUGGGAAGCAUUUGCAUCAUCUAGAUCUUUCUCACAACAUGCUUCAAGGUUUCGAACAACCAAUGGUUGUUCUACCAUGGAGAAACUUGCUCUCUCUUGACCUUAAAAAUAAUACGCUGGAAGGAUCACUACCAAUUCCAUCAGACUCUACUCUGUUCUUUUCAGCCUCUGACAAUAAAUUUAGUGGAGAAAUCCCUUCAUUAAUUUGCAAUGCAAGUUCUCUUCAAUACCUUGAUUUGUCUCACAACCAGUUAUCUGGCUUAAUACCCCAGUGUUUGGGCAACUUUAGCAAGUCUCUUUUAGUACUCAAACUAAGGGGGAACAGCCUUCAUGGCCCCGUUCUUCAUACAUUUACAGAUGAAAGUCGUUUGAGGAUGCUUGAUCUUAAUGCAAAUAAAUUAGGAGGGGCAUUGCCAAGGUCUAUAGCCAACUUGAAAAAGCUAGAGGUAUUGGAACUUGGAAACAAUCGGAUCAAAGAUUCAUUCCCCUUUUGGUUGGGCGCGCUGCCAAACUUGCAGGUUCUAGUUUUGAGAACAAAUAAAUUCCAUGGCCCCAUUGAGAAUCCUCAGUCUGGUUUUUCCUUUUCUAGGUUGCUUAUCCUUGACCUUUCUGAGAACAGUUUUACAUUUCAUCUGCCAUCAAAAUACUUUUGGACUUGGAAAGCAAUGAUGACACUAGAUGAAGGUAAAACCCAAUUGCAGUAUAAUACAGGUCAUGGCUACUAUCAAGAUUCUGUAACAUUGGUGAAGAAGGGACAUGAGAUUAUACUUGUGGACAUAAUCACAAUCUUCAAAGUUCUCGAUCUGUCAAAUAAUGGAUUCAAAGGAGAAAUUCCAGAAGCCAUAGGGAAUCUCAAGGCACUUACAGUGCUUGAUUUGUCUUACAACAGUCUUACUGGUCCAAUCCCAUCAACAAUAAGGAACCUUACAAAGCUUGAGAAAUGGGAUCUCUCUCAAAACAGAUUUCAGGGGUCAUUACCUAUUCCGCCACGGUACACAAAGUUCUUUUCAAUCUCAAACAAUGAUCUUACUGGAGAGAUCCCUUCAGUAAUCUGCAAUUUGAGUUCCCUUCAGCUACUUGAUUUGUCUGGUAACCAGAUGAGUGGCUCACUACCGGAAUGUUUGAGCAGCUUCAGCAAGUCUCUCACAGUACUGAAACUAAGGGGAAACAAGUUUUUGGGAACCAUUCCUCAGGCAUUUACAAAUGGAAGCAAUUUGAAGACACUUGACCUCAAUGCCAAUCAGUUAGGAGGACAAGUACCAAGGUCAUUGGCUAACUGCACAAUGCUGGAGGUCCUAGACCUUGGAAACAACCAGAUAAGUGAUACAUUUCCUUCUUGGUUGGAGAAUUUAAGAAACUUGCAAGUUCUUAUUUUGAGAUCAAAUAGGUUCCAUGGAUUGAUUGAGCCUCCAAGUAGUAAUUCGUCCUUUUCGAAUUUGCAUAUCAUCGACAUCUCUUUCAACAGUUUCACGAGUAGUUUUCCAUCCAAAUACUUUCAGUCAUGGAAAGCCAUGAUGACAGUGGAUAAAAGUUACUCCCGGCGACCAAAGUACAUUGGAAGCAUCUACUACCAUGAUUCUGUGACAGUGGAGAGCAAAGGACGUGAAAUUGUACUGGUGAAGAUCCUAACCAUUUUCACAGCUAUUGAUCUCUCAAACAACAAAUUCCAAGGCGAGAUUGAAGAAUCUAUAGGGAAUCUGAAGUCACUCAUUGUGCUCAACCUGUCUUGCAACAGUUUUACUGGUGCUAUUCCAUCAUCCUUGGGCAACCUUACAGAGCUUGAGUCCUUAGAUCUCUCUAAAAACAAGCUCUCAGGGGAGAUACCUUGGCAACUAACAAGGUUAACAUUUCUUGCAGUGUUGGAUCUCUCAUAUAACCAACUUGAGGGACCUAUACCCCAAGGCCAACAGUUCGAAACAUUUACAAACACUUCGUUUGAGGGGAACUUAGAGUUAUGUGGACCUCCAUUGUCAAAGAAUUGUGAAGAUACUGAGGCAGCAGAACCAGCAACAUCCUUGACAGAGUCUACUACAAGUGAGUUUGAUUGGAAAUUUAUGCUAAUUGGAUAUGGAUGUGGAGCUGUAGUGGGAGUAGUCAUGGGACAUCUGAUUGUUGAAUGGAAGCUUAAAUGGUUUGUGAGAGCCAUGGGACUUGUAAAUUUACAGGGACAACGAAGAAGCAGAUAA